CCGAAGGGGCAGGGCGACGUAAUCUAGCCCCGGAACAGGCAGGGCAGAGGCCUCCGGGAAACCGGAAGUUAAGAUUGUACCUUGUCCCAACUCCUCCUGGACUUCCAAAUUUUUUCCCGCCUUGGCUCCUUAGCAGGCCCGGGAACUUCUGGCGCCCAAGACCUAAAGCCUCGAGACAAGGCCAGGAAAAGAUAAGAGUGGCUUCACCAGAUGGACUCCCUGGGACUACUUUACUGCCUCUACAGGGAACCUAGAGUCCCAGGGAUGGCCUUUGAGAGGAACACACUCCCAGCCCCGUUUCAUUUUCUUUGGUUUGAAAUUUCUUCUACAAAAUGACUGAGGAAAAAUACUUUACGUGAUUGCUCAGGAGGCGGUGACAUUCAAGGAUGUGGCUGUGGACUUCACCAGAGAGGAGUGGCGCCUCUUAUCACCUCCCCAGAAGGAGCUGUACAAGGAGGUGAUGCUGGAGAAUGCCCAGAACCUGCUCUCUGUGGGGCUUCCAGGUCCCCCAGAAGAUGUGAUCUCUUAUUUGGAGCAAAGAGAAGCCCCAUGGUUGCUGGAGAAAGAAGGCCUGAGGAGCUGCUGCCCAGGAGAUAUCAGACCUGAAAUGAAGGUGAAUCCAACAGAGAUGAGCCCUUCUGUGAAAGAAAUGGACCUACAAAGAUUCAUGAGUGAUCAUCCCGAUAACUUUGCUUUCAGAGAAUUUGGUGUUGCACCUCAAAAUUCAUCUCAUAUUGAACAUCACACUGAAGAAAAAUCUAGUGAAAGUAAUCAGUGCAGAAAGACUUUUAUUCACAGCGUCAGUCUUGCUGGACAUCUGAGAAUGCACACAGGGGAGAAACCUUAUGAAUGUAAGGAAUGUGAAAAGACAUUCCGUCAUAGCUCCAAUCUUGCUAGACAUCAGGGAAUCCACACUGGAAAUAAACCUUAUGUAUGCAAGCAGUGUGGAAAGACAUUCAGUCAGAGCUCCCAUCUUGCUGUACAUCAGAGAAUCCACACUGGGGAGAAACCUUAUGAAUGCAAGCAAUGUGGAAAGACAUUCACAAUGAAGUCGCAUCUUGCUGUACAUCAAAGAAUCCACACUGGUGAGAGACCUUAUGAAUGCAAUCAAUGUGGAAAGACAUUUCGUCAGAACUCCGAUCUUGCUGUACAUCAGAGGAUCCACACUGGGGAGAAACCUUAUGAAUGCAAGCAAUGUGGAAAGACAUUCCGUCGUAGCUCUGAUCUUGCUAGACAUCAGAGAAUCCACACUCAUGAGAGACCUUAUGAAUGCAAGCAAUGUGGAAAGACAUUCACAAUAAAGUCCCAUCUUGAUAUACAUCAAAGAAUCCACACUGGGGUGAAACCUUAUGAAUGCAAUCAUUGUGGAAAGACAUUUAUAGAUAACUCCUCUCUUUCUGUGCAUCAAAGAAUCCACACUGGUGAGAGACCUUAUGAAUGCAAUCACUGUGGAAAGACAUUUCGUCAGAGCUCCGAUCUUGCUGUACAUCAGAGGAUCCACACUGGGGAGAAACCUUAUAAAUGCAAGCAAUGUGGAAAGACAUUCCGUCGUAGCUCUGAUCUUACUAGACAUCAGAGAAUCCACACUCAUGAGAGACCUUAUGAAUGCAAGCAAUGUGGAAAGACAUUCACAAUGAAGUCCCGUCUUGCUAUACAUCAAAGAAUCCACACUGGUGAAAGACAUUAUGAAUGCAAUCAUUGUGGAAAGACAUUUAUAGAUAACUCCUCUCUUUCUGUACAUCGGAGAAUCCACACUGGGGAGAAACCUUAUGAAUACAAACAAUGUGGAAAGACAUUCACAGAUAACUUCAAUGUUUUUCUACAUCAGAGAAUCCAUACUGCAGAGAAACCUUAUGAAUGCAAGCUAUGUGGAAAGACAUUCUAUCAGAGUUCCAAUCUUGCUGUACAUCAGAGAAUCCACACUGGGAAGAAACCUUAUGAAUGCAAACAAUGUGGAAAGAUAUUCACAAUGAACUUCAGUCUUGCGGUACAUCAGAGAAUCCACACUGGGGAGAAACCUUAUGAAUGCAAGCAGUGUGGAAAGACAUUCAGUCGAAGCUACACUGUUGUUGCACAUCAGAGAAUCCAUACUGGAGAGAAACCUUAUGAAUGCAAGCAAUGUGGAAAGACAUUCCGUCAGAGCUCCGAUCUUGCUGGACAUCAGAGAAUCCACACUGGGAAGAAACCUUAUGUAUGCAAGCAGUGUGGAAAGACAUUCAGUCGGAGCUCCUAUCUUGCUGCACAUCAGAGAAUCCACACUCAGGAGAAACCUUAUGAAUGCAAGCAAUGUGGAAAGACAUUCAGUCAAAGCUCCACUCUUGCCGCACAUCAGAGAAUCCACACUGGAGAGAAACCUUAUGAAUGUAAGCAGUGUGGAAAGACAUUCAGUCAGAGCUCCCAUCUUGCUGUACAUCAGAGAAUCCACACUGGGGAGAAACGUUAUGAAUGCAAUCAGUGUGGAAAGACAUUCACAGAUAACUCCUAUGUUGCUGUACAUCAGAGAAUUCACACUGGGGAGAAACCUUAUGAAUGCAAGCUUUGUGGAAAGACAUUCAGUCAGAGCUCCCAUCUUGCUGUUCAUCAGAAAAUCCACACUGGGGAGAAACCUUAAGAAUACAAGCUAUGAGGAAAAAUGUUCACAUGCAGUUCUAGUCUUGCUAUUGUGCGAAGGAAAUUUACCCAUCAUCCUGGGGCAACAUACCUAGUGUGAUUCUGAACUUAACUUAGAGGGGAGGAUUGUGUGAUGGGAACCAUUGAGGAUAGAAUGGCAGAAGGAAAAAAGGAAGCAAUAGAGUCGAAAGAUCACAAUGGGGGCAGGGUGAUGUCCCCUGAACUGCCCCACCUGGGUGGUCUAAGCAAAAUAGAAAGCCAUAGUUGGAUCCUAAUAUGAGAUUUGUAUGAGUAGGAGGAGAAAAGGUUUGAUAAACUAAGGCAAGAGCAGAUAUCCAAGCUCUUUUCUCAGUUUUGUUACUCACUGGACUUCCCUGUAAGCAUGGCUAGGGCACCCUAAUGCUGCCCACUGAAUAGCAAGCUAAGUGGAGCAGUGAUGAAAGUAUGUUUCUUUCCUAUUUUUCCAUCCCCCCCCCACCUUUGAUGAAAUAAAAUUAAUUUAGGGUGAGUCUCAUAAUUUCCCCUUAUAUACCAUACAUCACAGGAACAACAGACAUUCACACUGAGCUCUCCCCUUGCUCAAAAUCAGACAAUUCAUUUUACUAUGUCAAUAUCUAAAAUUAGGCCCAAAUGGAAAUAUGUUUUAGACCUAAAGUGGGAUCCCAUAAGACAAUUAAGGGAGCAUAGAAUAAUUUACCUUUCAGAUCAAUUUAUUGAUAAGGGGAGGAUUUAUGACCAAAUAAGAAAUAGAAAACAUUAUGAGGUGUAAAAUACUUAGUUUUUCUUUUGUUAAAUUCAAAACUGUACAAGCAAAACUAACACAACCAGUAUUAAAAGUGGAAAGUAGUUUUAAUUUGCUUUGCCUCAAUUUUGACUGUAUUCACAAAUGCCUUAAUUCAUCAUUUCAUGGCAUCUGGAUCUAAAGAGUAGUGAAUUUAGGAAGGAAAUAAUGUCUUUGCUCUAUAGAAAUUAUUUGUAAUUACCAUCAUUUACAUUUCCCCAAAAAAUUUGUAUCAAGCAAAAUUUAAAAGAUAACCAAUGAUAUUAUAUUAUAGAGUUAAAAUAUUAAAUAAAAUCAUUGACAUUGCAA